AUGACCAAGACAAAAGGUAGAGAUUCUAUUAAUAUUAACGAUAGAUAUCGUUAUAAUCAUGACAAUAGUUAUAUUCAUUAUAAUGAUAAUAUUAAGAAAGUAUCUUCACCAAAUCAACAUUCAGGAAAACUAACUCAAUACACACCCAGUGGAGAUAACACUUUACAAUCGCCAAAACCAAUUGUUACAAGUCAUAAAUCCCCACAAAGUGCACGAAUACCUAACUCGGAUUUCAUUCCUAUUAACGAAAUAACACCAAAAGAAAUACAAGAAUUAGAAAAAUGCAAUUCUAUGAUAAGUUCCGGAAAGAAAAGGAGAUUUAAUAAUUUUGAAGCAACAGAUGGUUGGAGGGAACCAAGUUCAAAUGAGCUUCCGUGGAUGAAAGGUGAAGAUGAUAGGAAAUAUAGAAAUGUAGUACAUAGGAUGCAUUUUGAAUUGAACGAUUUAAUAGAUUACCUUUCUCCAACUGAUGUUGAAAAAUCACUAAGAGUAUUUGUUAUUAAAAGGAUUGAAGAUGCGGUCAAAACUAAAAUCCCUUGUUCCGAAAUGUUCAUAUUUGGAAGCUUUAAUUCUGGAAUUUAUCUUCCCACAAGUACCAUAAGUAGAUAUCUUGAUGAAUGGCCUAUUCUUGGUAAAUUGUUAUUAGUUUUAAAAUGUUUUUUAAAACACCACAAUCUUGAUGACCCAUCAAAUGGCGGAAUGGACAAUGAUAACCUUGGUGUUCUUCUGAUAGAAUUUUUUGAAUUAUAUGGGACUCAGUUCAAUUAUACAGAUCUGGCAAUUACAGUAAGACAUGGUGGAAGUUAUCGUUUAAAGUGCCAACAAAACUGGGCAGUUAAAUAUCCAACAACAAAUUUAUGCAUACAAGACCCAUCGGAUCCUGAUAACGAUAUAGCACGCGCAACAAGAAACAUGGUAGAGAUUCAAAAAGCAUUUAAACAAGCAUUCCUACGACUAGUUAAUAGAGUUGGACAGCUUGAAAAAUAUCCAACAGGCUUCCAUAAUAGGUCAAUUCUUUCAUCCAUUUUAUUUGUUCCUGAAAAUAUGCAAUCGUCAAGAAGAAAUUUAUUACGAGAUUAUAAUGAAAAUGGGUUGAGCAAAUUGGUGCAAGGAACAAGUAGUGAUUUAGAAACGCUACUAAAACCUUGUGAUUAUGAAUUUAUAGCCAAAAAAUUUGGCAGAGAAAUUGAAGAGUCAGAUUAUCAUCGUAACAUUAGAGUCAAUUCUUUAUUGAGAAAACACAAACCAGCCAGAAGCUUUAGAUCUCAAAAUAAUAAAGAUAGGAAUUUGAAUAAAGAUGACUAUUAUUUUGAGGCACUUGACUCUGAUUAUUGA